UAUUACUUGCGAUGAUAUUCUUCAAAUGACUUUGCAAUUAAGUAGCAAGUUUAUGGAAGUAGGGAAGCAAAGCUUUCUUAUUGAAGUUUCCAAAUUUAGCUGAUAUCACCUUGACGUGUGGCACGUGUCAAAAGAAGCACUAGUGCGACCAAACUUUACCCCCCUGGCCUUCGCAGUUGCAGCCGCAGGCGCGACGUAAUGGAAACUCCAAGUUGCACAGUCCCGCUUCAAGCACAGCCGCUGGACUGCGCUGUAAGCCCCUCCAGCGGCAUUCUGGCUGCCGCCCUCGUCACCGGCCACAUCCAGCUGGCGUCCUUCUCCUGCCCGGCUCAUAGCCCUGGCGGCGGAAGCCAACUGUCGUACCAGCUACAUGUGACCGUACCCCCGCCAACGCCAGCGCCAUCCGUACAACCUGCCAGCAAAAAAAAGCAAAAGUUGACCAGCGGCGGAGCCUCUGCCACAGCCCCUGAUGACGCACCUUCUUGCCGCGCUGUCUGCUUCACAAGCGGCGGCGACACCGUCCUGGCGGGCUAUGCCGACCACGCCGUACGGUCGUACGACGUUGCGACGGGGCGCAUGGUUGCGGGGUUCUCGGGCGAGCACGAUGCGCAGCUGAGCCGGGUGUUUGCCCUGGGGCCUCAUGUGUUCGCGUCUGGGGACGAGGAGGGCCUUGUGGCUCUGUGGGACGAUCGAGUUGGGGGCAGCAGCGGAACCACGUCCUCCUCCUCCUCCUCCUCCUCUUCCGCGAUUUACCGAUACACUCGCCACACUGACUACAUUUCGGACUUCGCGCUGCAUGCCAAGGACCAGGCGGUUGUCGUCGUCAGCGGAGACGCCACUCUGUCUGUACAUGACCUGCGCAAGCGUACGGCACUGGCUCGUAGUGAGGAUGACAACGAUGACGAGCUGUUGAGCUGUGUGGUAGUCAAGGGGGGCCGCAAGGUGGUGGCGGGCACCCAGUCCGGUGUACUGCAGUUGUACAGCUGGGGGUACUUUAACGACUGCAGUGACAGGCUCCCGGGCCACCCGGAGUCGGUUCAGGCGCUGGUGGCCUUCGACGAGUCCACCUUGUUGACAGGGUCCUCGGACGGGGGGGUGCGUGUGGUGGGGGUGCUGCCAAACAGACUGCUGGGAAUACUAGGACAACACAACGAGGACUUCCCCGUCGAGCGCCUCGCACUGUCGAACGACCGACGGGUGCUUGCCUCGACCUCCCAUGACUCGGCGGUCAAACUCUGGGACUUGUCUGUACUGCUCGAGGACGAUGGAGAUGAAGACGAUGAGGGGGAUGAAGAGGAUGGGGAUGAUGGCGGCGUUGGCGCUGCAGCCACCACCGUGGUGGCUGCGCCUUUCAAAGAUAACAACUUACACGCCGUCAACGGCAUGUCGCCGGAUACGGCUCUCGGCAAGCGGUCCGCCAGUGCUUCCGCCGAUGCCUCAAACCCCGGCGAAGGCCCGGCAGCACCACCCCCAGCAAAGGCGGCUCGUCUAGGCGGUGAACGCGUAGCCCAGCUGCCUGUGGGCGCAAACCUGGUGGAGGUGGAUGGCAAGUCCUGCACGCACGAGGUUGCAUGGCCGCCAGGCCAGGAGGGCAGCACGCUGCCGCCGCCGGCACGGGAGGGGGCCCCCGCGCGUGUCUACCCCUUCAAAAUUGAUCCUUUCCAACAAGUGGCAGUCAACUGUCUGGAAGCAGGCCACAGCGUCAUGGUGGCGGCCCACACCUCGGCCGGAAAGACGGUGGUAGCGGAGUAUGCCUUUGCUAUGGCCCUGAGGGACAAAACCCGCGUGGUAUACACCUCCCCCUUGAAGGCCCUCUCCAACCAGAAGUACCGGGAGCUGGCGGAGGAGUUUGUGGAUGUGGGGCUGAUGACGGGAGACGUCACCAUCAAUCCGAAUGCCUCCUGCCUGGUGAUGACCACGGAAAUUCUGAGGUCCAUGUUGUACAGGGGGUCAGAGGUCGUACGUGAAGUACAACUGGUUGUGUACGACGAGAUCCAUUACCUGCGUGAUAAGGAGCGUGGCGUGGUGUGGGAGGAGUCCAUCAUCCUAGCCCCCAGGCAGGCUCGCUUCGUAUUUCUGUCCGCCACCAUCCCCAACGCGCGCGAGUUUGCUGACUGGGUGGCCAAGACGCACCGUUCGCCCUGCCAUGUGGUGUACACGGACUACAGACCCACACCCCUGCAACACUACCUCUUCCCGGCGGGUGGUGAUGGGUUGUACAUGGUGGUGGACGAGCGGGGCGUAUUUCGGGAGGACAACUUCCAGAAAGCGGUUGGUGUACUAACCGAAACGGACGCCGGCGGCGGAAAGGCCAAGGGCGGCAAGAACGGCGGCGGUGGCGGCUCCGCGCCUGUGGGCGGUGCCGACUCUCAGAAAUCUGAUAUCUUCAAGUUGGUCCGAAUGAUCAUGGAGCGGAACUACGACCCGGUCAUCGUGUUCUCCUUCUCCAAACGCGAAUGUGAGGCUCUUGCCGCCCAGAUGGCCCCCCUGGAGCUCAACAGCGAGGAUGAGAAGGCGCUGGACGACCAGCGCCUCCCUCAGAUCACCGCCAUGUUGCCCAUGCUACAGCGGGGGGUGGGGGUGCACCACUCGGGGCUACUGCCCAUCGUGAAGGAGGUGGUGGAGAUCCUGUUCCAGGAGGGUCUUCUGAAGUGUUUAUUCGCUACGGAGACCUUCUCCACCGGCCUCAACAUGCCCGCCAAGACGGUUGUGUUCACCAACGUCAAGAAGUACGACGGCGGUGUGUUUCGCUGGAUCACCAGCGGGGAGUACAUUCAGAUGAGCGGCAGGGCGGGGCGACGAGGUCUGGAUGAUAGAGGUGUUGUGAUCCUGAUGUUGGACACCCGACUGGAGCCCCCCGUGGCCAAGGAGAUGAUCAAGGGCGCUCCGGACACCCUCUACUCGGCCUUCCAUCUGGGAUACAACAUGCUGCUGGGCCUUAUGCGGGUGGAGGGGGCGGAACCGGAGCAGCUCAUGGGGGCAUCGUUCAGGCAGUUUCAAGUGGAGCGGAGUUUGCCAUCCCUGGAGGCCCGUGUAUCGACACUGGAGGCACAGCGGGAUGCCAUUGUCGUACCGGACGAGCAGUCUGUACGGCAGUACUAUGCGUUAUUGGACCAGCUGGCAUCAUUGCGAGCCAGCUUACGGGGGUUCCUCAACUCGCCGCAGGUGUGCCUGCCCUUCCUGCAGCCAGGUCGCCUGGUUAGGCUACUCCCGGAACCACCUGAGACAGCUAGACCGCUGCCGGAUUUCAACGAGCCGCCCGGGGCGGGUGCCGUACCGUCCGCCGACGGCAGCGGAGACGCGUCUAUUAGCGGCGGCGCGGGCGGUGGGGAGGCUGUGGUGGCGGAGGUGGCGUACGGUGUAUGGGGCGCUGUGGUCAAUUUCGAGCGGGUGGGCGGCAAGAAGGACGCGGCGGCGGCUGCAGACGGUGGUGGUGAUGGUGGUGGUGGGUCCAAGAAAUCCUCCAAGAAGAGCUCCUCCUCGUCCUCGGGGGGUGCGGGCCACUUCAUUGUGGACGUGUUGGUGAACACGGCACCGACCCCGGGGGGCGGUACGGCAGGUGGCAGUAGCGGCACUCUGCCCCGAGGUCACCCUGUGAAGCUACUGCCCCCCGGAGACAAGACGGGGGUGCCGCUGGUGGUCACAUUUUCCCUCGCGCAGGUGGACCGGCUCAGCAGUGUGCGUAUCUACCUGCAACGUGACCUCAGACCGCUGGACGCCCGGAAGGCCGCGUGUGCCGCCCUGGCGGAGGCGCUGGUGCGGCUGGCUGGACAGCGCAAGAGCGGGGGCAGGGUACCGUUGCUGGACCCGGAGGACGAUAUGAAGGUUACCGACAAGGCCGUUCGCAAGACCCAGUCCAAGAUUGAGAGUGUGGAGGGGCUGUUGGCGGCCCACCCCCUGGCCACCUCCCUUCCAGCACCCGAGCUGAGAUCCCGGCUGGGGGCGCUGCAGCGGCGGAGCGCCGCGGAAGAGGCGGUGGCAGCGGCACGGAGGGAGGCCAAGGCCGCCACCAGUCUGAUCCUAAAAGACGAACUCAAGGCGCGGCAACGGGUGCUGCGUCGUCUGACCUACGUGGACGAGGACGGCGUGGUGACCGUGAAGGGCCGUCUGGCCGCGGGGCUCAGCUGCGGAGAUGAGCUGGUGCUGUGUGAGCUCGUGUUCGCGGGCGCCUUCAACGCCAUGAGCUUGGAGGCGCUGGCCGCCGCGUGUUCGUGCUUCGUGUUCCAGGAGAAGGGAGGGGAGGGCGGCGGGCCAAAGCUCCGGGAUGAGUUGGUGGGUGCGCUGGCGGCGGUCAAGGACGCGGCUCGUCGUGUUGCCAAGGUGGAGCUGGACUGCAAGAUGGCUCUCGACUGCGGCCCUCAUGGCGGGUCCGCCUCCACCACCAGUCUGGACGAUUACGUCGCCAAGUUCCGACCCGACCUGAUGGAGCCCGUGGCGGCCUGGGUGCGUGGUGUCAAGUUUGCGGAGCUUGUCAAGAUGACCACCGUUUUCGAGGGCUCCCUGGUUCGGGCCAUUCGGCGCCUGGAGGAGCUGUUGCGGCAGCUGGCUGAGGCCCUCAAGGGCAUCGGAGAGCUCGCCCUGUCUGAGAGGUUCGAACAGACCAGGGAGCGAAUCAAGCGAGACAUCAUCUUCGCGGCGUCGCUGUACUUGUAG